AUGCAGCGCUACACAGUCAAUUUCAGUGCACCAGGCGCACCGACACGUCGUCUACUUGUUCCAUUCUCUGCUUCUUCUCCUGUCAAGGACUUUGCUCAAGAAGUUCAAACCCGUCUCGCCAAGCUUAAAGUGUUCGCUGAGGCUGAAGCGAUCGAAUUUCGUCUACACGAUGCACACGGACCUCAGAUUGACCCAGACGAUUCCCUACAAGACGUUGUCUUGAAUCCUCUGACGGAAAAUCUUCAUGCUUCAGUACUAAUGGCAACGGCCUCCAAGGACGGACCUUCGGAACUCACACAAGGGCAAGCCGACCCAGAAAAAGAACGCUCUGCUCUGGCUAUUCCGGAAGAUACAAGUGGCGGCUUUCAUAUCCGCGUGAUUACGCCGGCGACGGCCCAGAGUGGCGACAUCUCAGACAUUCCCUUGAUUCCAGGCCGUUUUUCAACUACAAUCACAAUACAUCAGAUCAGACAGCUUGCACUUCUUCAAUUGGACCUUCCACUGAGGAGCACCAUCACCUGUGACAAGCCCGCAUACUGCAACUGCGCUUUUGCCAAUAGCCUCCAGUCCGGAACCACCUUCGCGAUUGCCAAUGACGACCAUCAGCUUAAGUCCUCAUUUUUCUUCCUUCAUUCUGCCGGGGAAGUAGUCAAGCUAUCGUGUGCUUCUGGAGACCAGAAUUCUCUUCUAGAGUGUGGCUUAGCAUUUGCCAAAGAGCGUUUCGGAAUCGACGUCUUAGAUGACAUGUGCUUGACUGUAAUCCGUUCGCCCGACAAUCAAAUUACUCCGAUUGUCGCCCUUUGCUCAAAGUCAAAACACAGGAGUCAUGAGAGCUCAAAUUCCGCCAACGAGGACUUGCCAGUGCGCCUUGACUUACACACGGCUGAAGCUCCAAUCGACACUCCACUGUCUCAUCUAACCAUGGCUGAACUUGGUCUAGAGGAUGUCCUUGUUGACGGAGUGCUCAAUAUCUAUUCGUUGUCGCGAAAAGAGUGUCCCGGUACGCGACUUGAUGCCGGGAAAGGCCAAGCAACCAUCUUCGGCGCCGCUCCUCACUGGGAGCCUCCCAUUGCGCAGACAGAACGCGGCAUGGCGGUGUUUCUGUCCUCAUUGCGUAUCGUCAGCAACACACUCAGUGGCCAUCCGCCGGAUCUCAAUAUGCAAGAUGCAGUUCUACAAUUGCUUCACAGGCUUACGAACUUCCCUCCCUGUGUGCGAGCAAUGCAUGUUCUGAUUCGAAAUGAGACACCUACCACGUCUGAGUGUGCAGCUAUCGCGCAGGCAUUCUACUACAUGCUUGAGAAGUAUGUGCCGAAACGGGUCACCAACUUCGACUCGUCUCGUAUUUUUGAAGCCAGCAGGCUUUUCUUCGGCCUGUUUCUAGAGAAGGCCAAACAUCUUUGUAGAGCUAACUCCGGUGAGACCUCAUUGCCGUACUUGACGUCGCUCAAGCCCGUGACACUCAUCAACCCUGAGACAACUGAGCCUUUGUUCUUCGCGGUCGACACAAACGUGGGCCUUUUUGAGAAAGGACAUCUAGAUGCAAUCAAAGAGGGAUUGAUAAAGUUCACUGAUCCGUCUCUCGGCGAGGAUCUUACGGAAUUAUCCCUCGACGGUAGAACUCGACGGGCAGUCUUAUUGUCUGGCGGUGUAAAAACUAAGAUUUUCGUCUUUGAUACGGAUUUUCUCCUCGCAAGUGGAUGUGCUGAGGACUUACCCGCACAGCAAGACAUAAUUAGGGGCUCGGAGGUUGAAUUGAGCCAGCUCUCGGCCUUGUGCAGUCGCAACAAUCUCUCCGUAGUUGCGCCUGCUCGUCUUGCAACUAGCUCGUCCCCCGCACUGACUCUUGAUGGGGAGGGUUUGCUUAGUUGCUAUCUUGGACGGCAGCCGUGCAGUGAACCUGGCAAGGAUUUCGUCAUCUUCCGGCCAACUGCUGGUGGGGAUGAAACUAUUGACAUAGCAAUCAUCACAAAGCUUCUUGCUCCCAUUCUCGAGGCUAGACGCGCAGACGGCAGCGCAGUAUUCGAUGCUCCUGGCGAUGUUACUCAACGCAAGAUUGAUAUGCCGGACGAGAUACUGAUGGUUUGUGUGGACUGCAGCGCCAGUAUGGACUCUAGUGCCGGUUUUACAGAUAUGGUAGAAGAUGUCCCACCACAGCCCGCUUCACGCCCUGUGCUUGAGCGACUAGAUCUCACAGCAGAGGCAGACAUGUUGGCAAGCCCAUUAGACGAGGUCAAAGAGUGGUUAAUGGCACACGAAUCGUUUGAAGAUAUUGUCCGCACCGUAUAUCGCGCUGAGUACGAACAUCAGGCUCAUGCUGCCAAAGCACUACUCGAGGAGAUUGCUUAUCUAGCAACUAAAGAGCUCAUACACAAGAAUGAACAACUGUCACAAAGCAGACGCUUUACUUUUGCCUACCGUAAUCCGCUUGAAGAUUCAGCACGUUCUCGUGUCGAUUGUCUGAAGAAACUCAUUUUCGGCGUUGAGCAGCAUCAAGCCGCGUUGAUCGACUGGAUCGUAUUUCGCUCCCGCAUGCUCUCACCGGGAAAAGACGAGUGGCUAUGGCAAGUCGGUAAUCCUGUUCCAGCGACCCAGAUGCCUCCAAGGUCCUUUGAGUCGGAUUCACUUGACCUUGCCAUUCCUGAUGAUUAUCGAUGUGCUAUCACACACGAAUUGAUGUUCGACCCAGUGGCAACUGCGGAUGGACAUGUGUAUGACCGUGGAUCUAUACAGCAGUGGCUACAGAUCAACAGAACAUCGCCAAAAACAGGGUUGGAACUCUCAAGCUCCUCGCUCACAUUUCAGUGGACGCUCAUGAGAGAUAUCAAUAAGUGGAUCGAAGGCGACAGCUAUCGCGGGCCCUCUACGUCGGGACAAGGUACUUUGAAAGUCAACUUUUCAAGUCGUCUGGGAACCUUUGCACGUACUCUGAAAGCAUCAAUCACCUGUGAAGAACUUUAUCAUGUCGCCUUCCAGGCAUUGCGCGGCCGCCACGCCUCCUUUGAUCUUAAGCUGCAGGGCCGUCUCAACGCCAUUACUCCCAGCAAUGAUGCUGCGACUGCGAAAGGGUUACACUACAACUGCACGGUGAACAUCAUUUUACAAGACACCGGCAAUCACACAUCUAACAGUACGGGCGAUAAAUGCCUUAUCAAAGUCUAUAGAAAUACACGGAAAUGCCACUUCUCUUAUUGGGUCCCGAAGGACUCUGACCUGUCCGUCGCGUCAAUUUUAUUCAAGUAUUGGCGUCAGAGGUGGCCUCCUGAAGAACCGUUGACAGAAACUUGUGUCUGGCACAAUAUGAAGGAUUCUGGAGAUGGUCACUCCACUGGCUACAUCCUCAAUCCUUGGGAGAAGUUGAAGACGUAUCUAACAUCAACCCACGCCAGAGGCUCUUUGAAUGAUGAGGCAGUAUUUGAUGACCCAUCUGCGCCAUAUCAGGGGGUUCUCAAAAUCUUUAUAGGGAGGAAGCCAGAGAAAUUGCAAAAGGUUCGCACUUCCCGCAUGGACGUGCUCAAACAGAUCUUUGAUCAGUUCGUCAAUCGCACCAUUGCGUACAAUUACAGCACCCACCUCGGACUGAUCAUCUUCGAUUCGACUGCUCGUGUGGCGAGGCAGCUGAGUGAUGUAGUAGAAGACUUCAGGGCCACGGUCAAUGAACUCAAGCCAAGUUCAGAUACCGCAAUAUGGGAUGGACUCGCACUAGCCUGUCAUCAUCUUGAGCAAUAUGGAACCAGAUACCCCGAAGCGAAGAAGCGGAUACUCUGCAUUUCAGAUGGCGAGGAUACUAAAUCCUCAAAAGAUCCUGCCAGCCUUUGUCAUGAACUUGUCCGAAGCAACGUCGUAGUCGACUCAUUCUGCCUCGGAAAGGCAGAUCAUAGGAAGCUUUUGGGUAUCUCCCAUCUCACCGGCGGAUACAAGUUUGCGCCCAAGACAUUAUCACAUGCGAUGGGGAUCGUCGAACUUGAACCUGUGCUUGCGUUAAAGGAUCGUGAAGACAUACCAAGACCUGUGAUACCGCGGAACUCGACCAUGUGGAGCCAAUUUCAACGCGCACAGCUCCACGCCACUCCAGAGAUUGUCACGGAAGACGUCUAUCCAAAGCGUCCGCCGCAUCCAAACCUCAAAGACGAUGUCAUUGAGCUUGCUGCCGCGAAGCGUAUGGCGGCAGGACGCCGAUCAGGAGCAAACAUGAUGCGCAACUCUCGUCUACUUACCGAGAUCCAAAACAUGAUGGCAAAACCUCACGAUUAUAUCGAUGUGUACGUCAGCGAGCGGGACAUUUCUUUCUGGAAGAUCGUAAUGAAGGGCCCUCCGGACUCUCCGUACGCAUCUGGUACAUUCUUGCUCUAUCUGGAUAUGGACGAGUCUUAUCCUACCUUCGCACCGAAAGGGCGCUUUGUCACGCCCAUAUAUCACGUUAACAUCAACCGCAACGGCCGCAUCUGCCAUUCCAUCUUCGACCGCAACUGGACGGCGGACACAUCCUGCACAGACAUUCUCAACUCAGUCUACGGCCUGCUCCUUGUCCCUGACUACAGCGAUCCUGUUAAUGUUGUUGGCACGCUUGAAUACCACGGCGACCAAGUCGAGUUUGCGGAUGCUGUCCGCCGUCAUAUCAGCAAGCAUGCGUCCAAGUCUCGCGAGGAGUGGCGUCGGGAGCUGCUUGGCCAAAGCUGAAUCUUUUCUUUCUUUUCGCCUUUACGAACGUUGGCGAACGGGUUGUCGCAGCUGGUUGAUUGAUUGGCGUUUCGUGGACCGUGGUGUAUGACCUGCCGGCC